UCAGCAUUUGGAUUUUCCUUUUUCUUUUUUUUCCUCUUCCUUGCCAGUAGUACAAGUGGUUAAGCUGCUGGUUUGCUAGAGCACAUUGCAAACGUUGUGCAGAGGGGCGAGGAAGCACCUGCUUCCAACGAGGAGGUGGAGAAAAAUGCUCUCAUGAAAACGUCCAACUGCAGUGGUUGGCACUGACACUUGUGCAGGAGGUCGGAUUGCUCUGAGAUUAUGCACAGGUUAUUUUGAUAAUCUUGUGAAGGGGGGAAACGCUCACUUGAUACUUUGCGGUUUUCCUUUUCUUUUCCAGGAGAGGCUAUGGUGUGUGACCAAAAAAAGAAAACAGUCAGUGUAAAUUAUGGAUUGCCUUUGUGGUGAAGUGGUUGUUACAGUUUAUGAUAAAUGUAGCUUUUCGGAUUUGUGUCAGCUGCCAUUUGCCUUUUAACAAUGAUGUCCUUCGCUUCUGCAUCCGUGUCGCAUUUUAAUGCACCGCAAACUGUUGCCAGAGUUUCCUGCCCCUGGAUAGGCGAUGUGGUUUUAUCAGAGAGCCUCGGACCGCGAUCAGGAGCGCAGGAGCUAUGAGAAGAAACUCGUGGACUCGUAUUUGUGUGGUCGGAAGAUAGAUACAGCUUUUGUGAGCGAGCAGAAUAGACAGCGGCAUCAUCAGUAGUAAAAGUUGGACUGGAAGUACUUCUACACGUUCAGUAAAGGAAACUGAUGCGCGUAAGAAGGGAUGCCAGCCAGGCGUGGCUUGUGUUUGAAUAUCCAAUGUGAGAAUGCGUGGGGAGUAUGUAUAUAAUAGAGCCUUUCCAUCUGAUAAACAGAGAUAUCAAACUGAUGAUUAAAGCGAAGGACGAUCAAUAAAGCUGAGAGGACUCCGCUGAUUUGGAGGAGCACGGCGCGCGCCGGGUAUAGCACUACUACGCCUCGUGCGUGCGUAUGGACCGGACUUGUGUAAACUUUUCUCCCUCUCUUUGAGUCGCUUGAAAACAUUUUUUUUUACAUUCUUAAAAAUGCCUUCGCUUAAUUUGACAGCUGUGCACACAAUGGCAGAGGUCGGGAGUUUUCUGGGGACAAUCGACUUGGAUUUACAAAGCUUUCCUGCGCUCGGGAAUAUGCCCAUACCGGAGUCUCCAGUGGGGUUGAAUGAGCGGCUGGGGCAGAUUGAAGGGAGGCUGCAGCGGGGGUCGCCGACGGAUUUCGGGCACCUCAAAGGGAUCCUGAGGCGGCGGCAGCUCUACUGCAGGACCGGCUUUCAGCUGGAGAUAUUCCCCAACGGGACUGUGUAUGGGACGAGACAGGACCACAGCAGAUUUGGUAUCCUGGAGUUCAUCAGCCUGGCAGUGGGUCUGGUCAGCAUCAGAGGGGUGGACGCCGGACUCUACCUCGGCAUGAAUGAGAAAGGAGAGCUCUAUGGGUCGAAGAAGCUGACGGCAGAAUGCGUGUUCAGGGAGCAGUUUGAGGAGAACUGGUACAACACCUACGCUUCGACCCUGUACAAGCACACAGACACGGGACGCUUCUACUAUGUGGCCCUGAACAAGGAUGGCUCACCCAGGGAGGGCGGCAGGACUAAAAAACACCAGAAACUCACCCACUUCUUACCCAGGCCGGUGGAGAUCGAAAAGAUCCCCCAGGCGUACCGGGACUUAUUCCAGUACAGGUGACCAGAGGCUACAACCCGAGAGACAGUUACAUUGGGAGGAGCAGAAAUUAAAGAAGAGGACAGCGGGGGAGGGGGUGUUGUUGUGGAUAGUUUGGACCUGGAACAAAACUGUUCUCCCUCAACCCCCCCUGAGGUCACCGUGUUUGCGCCUCAGCCCACUACCAAGCACGUACAGCACUGACAUAAACAUUGUGCAUGUUCCUGGAUCUUGCUUCUUCUUCUUUUUUUGUUUUAAUUGCUUCUGUAGUGGACUUGUGACCUCGAAGAGAGGGGAAGGGGUAGGGGUGGGGAUGGGGGGGUUGUCUUGUAAAACCACUACGGACACGGACGAAGGAGGCCCGCAUGACUGCCCAGCUGUGGGAGGGGGAGGAUGGGCGAUCAGGACGAUCAAAUCAGGUGCCAUGUUUUCUUCAAUAACCACUUCUUAGAGGUAAACGCGUAGAUACUGAAGCGACAUGCGACGACAAAAUGGAGUCGUGGCUCUUGGCGGUUUUCGAGUAGCACUAUGAGAACACAGAGAAGAGACUUUCAGAAGCUCGGAAAGGAAACGGAAAGCACUGCAGAGGUCACACAGUGCAUUUGUCAUGCACUAUACACAGUCACAGGGACGUUAAAUGUAAGAGAGGGCACAUUCCAUUUACACAGAGAUAGAUGGUAAGGGUCAGAAAUACACAAACUGUGUGCUAGACGCAGGUUAAGUGGCAGGUUCGGAUAGUCAGGUACUAAAGAAGAAGAAUGUCUGUGAGGCAGAGAACAAUAAGGGGAACUGGAGUUUUAUUAAGUUGUCAUCAAAAUCAAAGAUGAAAGUGAGGAUAUAAAACCUCUAUGAUGAAUGUGUGAUAGAUGAAAGAGCACUUAUAACUGCACAGCCCCAGUCCCAGCUGCAGGCUCACUUGGUCUCCCAUGUAAUCAUCAGUUCUAAUGAUUGCAUUCAUCACAUUUAAAUAACACACCGCGCAGCAUCUUGUAGGAGUUGUAUGCAAAACAAGUGAUUAAGCUCGGGACAAAAGCACUUCUCUGACUGUGGUUGUAAAGAAUAAGAGAUGGUUGUGUUUCUUUUUAAAGGAUGGUGACUUGUAAUGUUCGGAGCGUCGGGAACAUUAUUAAAAAUGCAAGCAGCUGAGGUGUACAUAUGGGUGAUCCUAUUUAUGAGAUGUACAAUAUAUUUAUUUUCUACAUAUAAAGUAUAAAUAUAAAUCUAUAUAUUUAUUUAUUGCAAAGACUUUAUUUUGUAAUGAACUUGAAGUUAUCUGGGCUGUAGAUUCUACUGAAAUUACACCAAAAACAAAAAAACAAACAAAAAAAUAUGAAGAACUGCAAUGAACAUGACAAUAAAAUUGUCCUGCUAUCGACAACUCAUUGUGACAGACUAUUUUUGCUUGGAUUAAAAUCUGAUGUACCAAUUAAAACCAGAUA